GUUUGUCGUGCCACUGUGACAUGAGUAUCUAUGACACAGUGAGGUUAUCUUGUAUGUACAUAUUUCGUGUCACUCGCCAAUGGUCUUCCGUAUGUCCGUAGCUCUUGUUAUCAGUUGUCGACACAUCUUGUGUCUCGCCCGCCGUAUAUAUUAGGCUCCUUCCUUUUCGGGUUCACGCGUUAAAACGCCUACAUACGCGUGCACUAUAUCCCUGGCGAUUGCAUUAUACAGGAGCAGUUAAUGGGAUCCAACAGACCCCGGGGAAUAUCCUCGUUAAGCCUGGCGAUUACCUGACUCGUCCAUCCUUUAUCCAAACUCUGUGGAGCGACCAACCGUGUGAUAGGGAGGUUUAGAUUGUCCUGCUGUGCUCCGGAUGGAUUUUAGAUGCACUCAUUAAGUCUCCAUGGUGAGCGCAUUCCUCAUUAGAAUGUUCAUUUAACUAUUGUUUUCAGUUUCACAAAAUUAGCGUUAUCCGUGGAACAACACCGGAUUUUUUUCUUUUCGUGCAGUUUUCUAAUAUUAGUAGUUGCCAGACAACAUUAUUAGAGGUGGCCGCGAACCUAGCCUUGUCGAGUUUUCAACAGGUAUUUCCUUUUAUCUUGCGCUAUGUUUUUCCUUUUUCCGUUUCCUUUCGUCUCAUUACGUUCACCGUGAUGCUUGUCCUUUCCUUCGCAUGUGGAUCCAAGUGUCUGCACUGUCAACGUCAAGUCUAAUAGAACGCCUUCUGCAACCGGUGGAUCGUUCACAUCUGUUUCUGCUUCAGCGAAGGCAGACGACAGUCGGAUUUCUUCCCAUUUUUGGCUCUCGCGCGAUUGGUUGCUUUUCUUUUUUUUUCUUUUUUUCGCUACUGUUGUCAGACGUUUCUUCGUUUUCCUCCUUGGAGACGAGAGUCCUCGACCGGAGCACUCAAGUUGAGUGGAUGUUUCUAUAGGAAAUGGACAAAGCUUCGCGUGCGGUUCGACGCCUUCCGUUGUUCAGUGCAUGCAGCGCAAUUCCCUUUCGCCGAACGUUGGAAGACAUAAAGGUGCAUCGCCACCAUCGACACAAAUGUCCCGCAGGUUGCAUUCCGCUCGUGAUAAGAUACGCUCUCGUCGGCUGUGUGUGUGAUAUCUGUACGUGAGAGAACUUCCCCCCGGAGCAUGGAUGAGAAACAGCCGGAAAGCUCCGGCAUUUCGGCGUUCAUGUGCGGAACGGAGUCUGCUAAGGAGCUCAUGUGUUGCACCCAAGUUCAGUCGUUCAGCGUCAUGGAGCUGCCCGUGCUGAACGUUCCUGGAGAAGUGACGUUCUUGAUGCAGGCUGGCCUGGUCAAGGAUACCGUCACCAUGGACACAAGCGAGCUCAACCUCAGGACGCUCAAAGACCUUGCCUGCAACUUCAUAGACAGGAAGUUCCCAGAGCAUGGGCUAAACCGCCUUAGCGAGCGUCUCAUCCUAUUCCGGCAUGACUACAACAGCGAAAACGUCCUGCUGCCCAUCAAUGCUGCCUCCGACGUUGCAGAGGGCACCCUGGUGGAGAUCGUCGUUUCGGCCAACAAUCCGACUGAUGACGUCCAGAUCCGACCGCAUUCGCUCACAGUGCACUCGUACAAGACUCCAACUUUUUGUGACUUCUGCGGCGAGAUGCUUUUCGGACUGGUCAGACAAGGGCUCAAGUGCGAAGGCUGCGGCCUCAACUUUCACAAGCGAUGUGCCUACAAGAUUCCCAACAACUGUUCGCACGCACGCCGAAGACGUUCUUCCACGUCGAUGUACCCUCGCAGCCCCACGGAGGCCGUGCAGAGGACAGCCAGCAGCGCAGCCACCUUCAGUGACGACCACAACUCGCUCCUGGCAACAUCUCCAGCCCGAGAGAAGAGGUCGCCGUCGCUCAACAUGGGUCGACCAGCCUGGGUGGAUCGAGAACUGGCUGGCAGGAUCCGCAUUCCACACACCUUCAUGGUUCAUUCGUACGCCAAGCCCACGGUGUGCCAGUACUGUAAGAGGCUACUCAAGGGAAUCUUCAGGCAGGGCAUGCAGUGCAAAGAUUGCAAGUUCAAUGUUCACAAGCGGUGCAUGGACAGGAUUCCAAUGGAUUGCACAGGAGAGGCCCCCAAAGAAUGGGGCGAAUCCUCACAAGAAAACUCAGAGAGCUCAGAGGUGGAAAACAAUGGUGAGAGGGACAACACUGAAGAUGACUCGGAUAAUGAAAGUGACCUGUCUCAAGAACGUGGCAACGGCGGACCCGACAGCCAGGAAGAUGAACCAAAAGUACUUGUCAAUGAGACUGCAAGUAACAACAUUCCACUGAUGAGAAUAGUACAGAGCAUAAAGCAUACGAAAAGAAAAGGCUCUAAGGUGAUUAAGGAGGGCUGGCUGGUGCACUACACAGACCGGGAUCCCAUGCGGCGACGCCAUUACUGGCGCCUCGACACUAAGGCCAUCACCUUGUUCCAAAACGACACUUCCUCCAAGUACUACAGGGAAAUUCCUCUGUCUGAGAUCCUGUCAAUAGAACCAGCUCGUCCCAUAAAGGAAGGAGCAGGGCCCAGGCCCACCCAUUCAUUCGAGCUGCGUACAUCUACCUUGGUGUUUCUGAUUGGUGACGAUAGAGAUCCUUCUCGAAGUUGGGAAGUGGCCAUUCGUCAAGCGCUUAUGCCUGUUACAGCUGCACAUGGACCAAAAACAGAUACACCUGGCCAGGAUCAAAGUGACAAUGGUCAGAACAUGGACAUUAGUCUCAGAUACCAGAUUUUUCCUGAUGAAGUCCUAGGAUCGGGGCAGUUCGGAAUAGUUUAUGGAGGCGUUCACAGGACCAGUGGCCGUGCCGUGGCCAUUAAAGUGAUAGACAAGUUGCGUUUUCCAACAAAACAAGAGGCUCAGCUCAAGAAUGAAGUUGCCAUUCUUCAAAAUCUGCACCAUCCUGGAGUCGUCAACUUGGAGAAGAUGUUUGAGACCGUCGAAAGGAUUUUCGUUGUUAUGGAGAAGCUGAAAGGAGACAUGUUGGAGAUGAUUCUCUCGAGCGAGAAAGGACGGCUUUCUGGUCGUAUCACCAGGUUCCUUAUUUAUCAGAUACUCAUAGCCCUGAAGCACCUGCACUCAAAAAAUAUUGUGCACUGUGAUUUGAAGCCAGAAAAUGUAUUGCUGUCGUCAGACUCAGAGUUUCCACAGGUGAAGUUGUGCGACUUUGGCUUUGCAAGAAUCAUUGGCGAGAAGUCCUUCCGCCGAUCUGUUGUUGGCACUCCGGCAUACCUGGCUCCGGAAGUGCUCCGAAACAAGGGUUACAACCGUUCCCUUGACAUGUGGUCCGUCGGAGUUAUAAUUUACGUCAGUCUGAGUGGAACGUUCCCUUUCAACGAGGAAGAAGAUAUCAACGACCAGAUACAAAAUGCCGACUUCAUGUAUCCACCAAACCCAUGGAAGGAUGUGUCCCCUGAAGCGAUUGACCUUAUCAACAACUUGCUCCAAGUGAAGACAAGGAAGCGCUACACGGUGGAUAAAUCUUUGGUGCACUCCUGGCUGCAAGACUACCAGACCUGGUGCGACCUACGCGAACUGGAAAGUCAGGUGGGAGUCCGCUACGUAACCCACGAAUCAGACGACGCUCGCUGGGAAGCUCAUCGGCGAGAGCACGGCCUGCGCCCUCCUGCGCCCGUGCCACCCACCACGGCCGCGUUGAGCGAUGACACAUUGGGAGCUGCCUCGCACGUUACCGUUCGGCCCAGGCUCUCAGUGCAACGAGAAGAAGACUCGGCACCGCCCUUUGGCCGGAUACGGCUCUGAUGUUCAUCGGGAACAGUGACCAAGACUGUGUUAUGGACAUGUGUACACUUAUAUGAGUGCUGGUAUCAGGAUAUUUAGAAGCUUAUUUGAGAGCAAGUUAUAUUUUAGCAAACGCAAACUCAUUCCAGGCAUUUCUUACGACUCCCAAUCGAAACCCACGCAUUUGCUGCCAUGUGGGUACUUGUGACAGGGUAUAUCACCCUAAAGUUGAUUAAGUGGAUUUGUAGGAGGGAAGGGGGGUGACAGUGGAGGUGUUUCAUUGUCUUUUAUUCGUUAGCGUGUUAGUGUGAGGCACGGAAGAAAGCCUUUCGAAGAAUUUUUACGUCAUAGGCGGUUAGAAAUGAUGUAUAAACAACACUAAAAAGCAUUUCUGCCCCCUUUCAGACACAUUUUUAACUGAAUUUUUUUUUUUUCGUAAAAUCUAGCGGUUCAGAAUUUUUAUACUUUGUCAUACCACCAUGAAAUUAGUGAAGUGUUGGCAAAAGCACUGUAGCACGGAUUCAUCGUGUAUAUAAUCGCGGUAUUUUCUGCAACUUGCAAGAAGCACAAGAUAAAGAGGUUAUGCCUUCAUGGUACAAAUGAUACCUUGCACAGCGGAGCUAGAACCAGAAACAAUUCCUGAGCCCGGUUUUUGGAACGCAAGGUCACACAAAUACAGUCGUGUUAGCGAGUUCAUACUGCUGUGUCUUUCAUUCCCGUCCACCACUAUCAGCCAGAUGACGUUUGCGCUGAAUUCCUGUGGCUAGGUAUGUCCGUACUAUUCAACAUUGUGUAACUGCACUGCACAGCAAAGCAACGAAUGCUCGAAUUUCGGAAGUGUGUAUAUAUAAGUCAACGCCGUAUACUCGUGUAAAAAGCGCAUGGUGCAUUCCAGUUUUGGCUAUUCCUACUAUGGUGGCAGAUUGCUUAUGCAGGUUGCUUCCUGUUAAACUGCUCAAUGUUGUGGCAAGAGAAGCUUUGCAAUGCGCACGAAGCAGUGCGUUCGAUAUUAGGUUCAUCUUCCGUGAAGACUGCCAAACCCACGCAAAUUGGAGAGAGCAGGCUGUCACCAUUUCGCUCAGUCGUCUUUUUUUUCUUUUUUUUUUUUUUUUUACUCCACUUUUCUGUGCCUGUCAUUAGAAAUCAUAAUGUUAAAGGUUCAGACUGUGGCAUACAUUCCAUGGCUGUUCGCUUGGAUCACUGUCUUGACGCUUUUGUAACCACGCUGCUUUUUCUGAUGUUUCAAUGAGGCAACAAAAACUGCUGUAUUACGCCGACUGUUAGUAAGAGAAAUAAUAAUUGGAUCAAAUUUUAGCCCUAUAAUUAGUCGAUAAUUUGGUGCAAAAAUUUGUAAAUUGCAAAGGCCGAAUCGAAAAUUAGGACAAAUACAACUUUUCGUUGCACAUUCUCUCCAUCAGCAGCUGUCCUCUGGGAACCCACAACCAACUUCAUUAGCAAAAUUUCUCAACUACUACUCUGCAGAAACCUGUAUAGAUGGGAAUGCCAAAGAAAUUAUUUGUCGUGCUAGUUACAGAUAGGUAUUGCAAAUUGUCAGUCUAAUUCAAGCUUCAUGAUUGCAUUGAACAAUCACAAGAAGCAGGGGUAUGUGAGCGUUGAAAUGUUCGAUCAGGCAGAAUGCGAGAAGAGCAGCAUCUUUGCCUAAACAUUCCAACCUUUUUUUCUUCUUCUGGCUGACGCUUAUACUGCCUCCUAUAUAUACAUGAAUAAAAAAAAUGAAUAGAAACAUAAAAUAUGUAUACUUGCAAAUCUUGUCAGUGAAAGCUACCACAUUUCCCCAGAGGGCACUGGAACUUUUAAAUUGGCCAUCGAACACUGAUCACACGAUUCAUUGGAAAUGUGCGUGGUUUCAAAACAGCUAACUAUUUUUGAGUUUCGUAGUUGGAAUUGCUGUUGCCACCUCAUGUUUUGUGACAGUCUUGACAUACUAACAUAUUGUAGAGAGUGAAGAAAACCGUGAUCCAGUUUUUAUUUGUGCGAACUGCAUUCCAUAUUUUAUGCCAAAUUAUGUCCGUUGGUGAUAAUUUGUCUUAGAAACAGCAGGACAUAAAGCUGAUUAAAUUUUGCCAAAGAACCGUUUUUACUCUUGUGUGCUUUGCACAAGGAUCAAGCAUUCUUCCAAAAGUACAUGAAAACAUUUACAUAGCAAAGCCAUAACGUACUUCAUGACAAUCCCAAGUUGUAGUAUGCAGGACUCUGUGGUCUUGACAGGACAGUUAGAAAAUCUUGUGGCUGUGCGCUACUUAGAUUUAUGUAGCAGUGCUUCAACAGAAGCGUGACAGCUUCUCGGGGUUUUACAUUAAGCGUGACAGAUUGUGUAUGGGGUUAUCACAGCAACAAGGACAUUUGCAGUUGUACAUACCGAUGCAGCUAAACUGAUGUGGCGGUUAUUGCAUUAUUUUGGCUGCAUCAUAAACUGAUUUGUGCUUUAUUAUGUGAUGACUUUUAUAUGCUGCUCUGUACUUAACCACUUUCUGUCAAUGUAUAGGUACUGCACUGCAUGUGGUGAAACAAGAUUUAUGGUCCUUUUGCUCACAACGUCCUCAGUGCAGAGUGACGUUACAUCUUUCUAACCGUUUUUCCGCACAGCUGUCCUAGAAGGAAUCGAGAGGAAAAAUGUCCAUGGUGCACCCUAAACUAGUAUGUGCAAUGAUGCUAGAGCAGUGUACAUCACCUGGCAGAUUUGGUUGCUGCAGCUGUACUUGCCUAUCUUUUUGUCACAAAGUCACCUGCACAACAUGUUGCUCUGAUUUUACCUUUUUUUUCUACCCGUUCCCUUUCUUUUCACUGUCCUGUUGCUACACAGAACUGUCCAAGAUACGUUGACCCUCGAAAGGGCUCUCAUUUCUCUGUGUGUAUAUGUAUAUAGAUAUAUGUAUACGUGUAUGUACACCUAUGUAGAUGUGUACUUAUACCAACUUCUGUGGGUCACUGCAUGAUGCAUGCUGUAGCAUAUUUGGAUUCGUGUUUCCAUCUAUUCUUUUCAACUUUGUCUUAUUUCGUCGGGUAAGUGAUAUCCGCAUGCUCUCAUUGUUUGUCUUUCUGAACUGCUUUUUAAAAAGGUUUUGAUGUAAAUGAAGUCCCUUUCUGCCUUUUGCACCCUGAAGACACAAGUGUGCUAUCUCUUGGAUCAACGAAUUUUCGGGGGACUGAUUAAUUGAAAAUUGCAACAUCCGCCUCAAAGGAGGCUCGCUGUAGCCUUGCUGCAUCACAUUUAAAGAUAUCAACACUUGUGUUUCUGCUGCACCUUUGGGUGUUUAACCACAGCAUAAUCACCGUAGUCACGAGGAUCAGAGACACCAGAAGCGGGACAUUGCAGUUGUCAAACGAAUGACAUCCUUUCUGUCAUUGUUAUUGGUGGGGGAAGGCACAUUUUAUACAGUAUAAAAUAAACAAAAACAAUGUUGUGUGUUGGCACAAACAGUGGGGAAUCUACAUCGAGAGGGCAUUGGGGCUGAGACCUUUGCCUCGGAGAUUGGUGUAACUGUGGGAUCUAAACUUCAAUAACCAUUCUGGCAUACAUUAAACUUCAUAAGUAUGCUGCAAAUACUUCCAUGAAUGCUGAAGUUGAUGCCUCCUGUAUGCACUGUACCUGAGUGUAACUAAUUUCACACUUUGGCUAAUACUACAAGCAUCACUGUGCAGCAAUGUGUGCUGCUAUACCCCCAUAUCUUCUAACAUUUAAAAACCUGAGCCUGGUCAGCAUGUCAACAUUUUAAACGAAUCAAGCUUUUCUUGCACAGUGCAUAUUUUUUUAAUACAAUUUUGUUAUGCUUGCUAUAACUACACAUAAUUCCAAACAAAAUGCAGGCAGCAUGUUGGUCCUUAGUUUCUGAUGCUUCGUGAUGACUGUGUAGGAUAUAUUUUGAGUGUGCUGUAUUAAUGCUAGCGUAUGAGAAUAAUUAGCAGAUGUGGGAGAUAUUAUGCAUUGUUUGCUUAGCAAUACUGUCUUCUACACUAUGCGAAAGCGGUGGAGUGCGUAUCGUAAAAUCAAAGGUUUGUGUGUCCAUAAAGUACUUUCAUCUGUGCCAGCUCGGAUCGUGAGGUUUCACAGCAGUGUAAGUUAAUGGUACACAUUGAGACUCAUGGAGAGCACAUCAUUUUUGCUUUUAAACCUAAAAAAACUUGAUUUGGGACGGAGUCAAAAGAGAAAUACAUGUGUGCCUCUUCCUACGAUGCCUGGUUUGAGGCACAUCAGAACAAUGCAUUAAACUUCAGAUCUUCAGUAAUUUGUCUCCAGACUUUCAGAGAAGCACAGAAAUGCCGAGAGUCCAGGUACUCUCGGGUAAUGAAAGCUGUCCUGGCAUUUGCUGCGGGUGUGUGCCACUGCAAGGUUUGAAAGUGUACAAAUAUUGUCUGGAAAUAUCAUUGUUCUUUUGCCUCUCUGGUGUCUACUUUAAAAAAGAAGACUGUUGCACUACCUUCGAGGGCAACAGUGCUAUAGAGUCUUUGUUUUGCUGUCUCUGUGUAUGACUACACAAACUUGCUCCAUCUUUGUAUGACCAUUUGACUGUCUUUUUUAAAAUAUACUUUCUUUGUAAAUUUCCUGGAUGUCAUGGAUCAUGCAGAUGCCUUUUACGACGUUUCAAACGUGACACAAUUUUACUAGAUAGUUUGAGAUUAUGCAUUCCUGGUGAUGGUUGUCUGUUCACUUAAAGAGGUAUACCCCCGAACAAAAUACGUUUAUAAUAAAAAUGUAUUGAGGAAU